AUGGCUCAUAAACGUUUGGUAACUGUAGUUGGAGCUACGGGUGCUCAAGGAGGCGCCGUUGUACGAUCAUUGAUUGCAGCAAACAAAUAUAAGGUAAGUAUUUUAAUAUAUUUUAAUAUCCUCACUGUGAGAAUUAGGGGUAUGAAUAUUUUUGAUCACCAAAAAAUAUAGAUUUGAUCACCAAAAUGUGCUUGUUGCGAAAUGAUCACCAAAAAAAUAUACAUUUGAUCACCAAAAUUUUUUCUUGUGAAAUUAUCACUAAAAAAGUAUACAUUAGAUCACCAAAAUUUUUUCUUGCGAAAUGGUCACCAAAAAAAUAUAGAUUUGAUCAACAAAUUAAUUAAUAAUAGAAAAAUAGACUUAACAUAAUUAGAUACCGAUUCACGAACUGGAGAUGGUAAACGUGUUGUUGGAUUCCGUUCAUUUUGACCAUGUUCAUGUACAUUUCGAGACAUAAUUUUUAUCUAAUCUGUAUUAUCAUCAGGAAAAAUAACUUUUAUUUGAAACUUGCAUAAGGGAUACUUUCUAUAUUCACUACAUUUAAAUGAAUAUUUGGUAUAUUUAUUUAAAUCUGAUCGUCUAUAUUGGCAUACAUUAAAUUGAGAUUUUACGAUAUCUCUUGCUUCAUCAUACGACUUCACUGUGUAACGUAAUGUCCACUGAUUAUUUGUCAUUUUCUAAUGUUCUGAAUCUUGAUGACACUGAGACAUCCUUUAUAAUUGUUCUGAGUUAAUAAGAUUAUUUUUAUCAAACGAGAUUAUUGUUGAUUAACCUCGUCCGAUGGAUUAAUUAGUUUAUGAGAUAAAAAUUCAUUGAAUAAAAGUGCAUUAUGUAUUAAUUAAAAUAAGUAACCUUGUCACAAUCUUCCAAAUUAGAAAUUUGGUGAUCAUAUAUAUAUUUUUUUGGUAACUAUUUCGCAAGAAAAAAUUUUGGUGAUCUAAUGUAUACUUUUUUGGUGAUCAUUUCGCAACAAGCACAUUUUGGUGAUCAAAUCUAUAUUUUUUGGUGAUCAAAAGACAAUUUUCCCAGAAUUAGCACUGUUCGCGAAAAUUUCACACUUGAGAAAAGCGACAAAAAAUUAAUAUAUUUAUAAAUUGAGUUAGAACCAGAUAUUAGGGGUGAUACUUUCACUUUCCUUUCCGAAAAGAAAGGAAAGGAAAGUUAUACUUAAAAUGAAUAAUAACUUUGAAGGGCUUUCCUAUGUGUGUGAUCUACCCAACGAGUGAAGUUCUGAGAAGUAUAUCCUGAAUAUUUUCAAAUUAUUUUCUUAUUCUUCCUCUAUUUUUUGUUUGCUUCUUCACAUUUUGCACUUUCUAGAAUAGCUUAGACUUUCUCUUAGUCUAUUCACUGGAUUUGGCAUUCUGUUCUGUAUUUCUUGAGCUAUCUUUUUGUCAAUUUCAUGAUACUCAAUGGAUUCCAACUGAUAUGUAAGCUGGGGAAAACCCAAUGGGUG